AGGCAUCAAACAACCCCUACUGCCGGAAUCGCGGGGUAUUGCGCUCGCGCAAGGCCGGCGCGCGUGUCCAUGUUCGCCGUGUAGUAUAUACGAGGCGGGUAGAGCAGUAGCACCGGCACCACCAUCAGCACCAGCCAGCAUUCAGCAGCAGUAGCCUCGUCGUGGCUAAAGGGGCUUCGGGAUGUCGUACCGCGACGUAUCGUCGUCGUCGUCGUCGUCGUCGUCGUCGUCGUGUUAACCGUUUUCGUCGUCCACCUUCGUCACGACGAAGGGGGAAACAGUCGACGCGGUGCUGCCGGCCGGCUGCCUCUUUUCGCGCGAGUUCGUUCGCCUUUUUUUUUUUUCCUUCCCGAGUCAGAGUUUCGCACGAGUUGUUGCGGUUGUUGGCGCGAUUCCGGGCCGACGGGGGAUCGGCCUCGUCGUGCAUCCUUCUCGAGUGAUCCAUCCAGUGGCCGACGAAGGAAUCGUCUCGUCUGUUCAGUUCGAUUGGAAUCGGUGCGCGGCAACGAUAUACGCGGCUCGACGUGUACGUAAGCCGACUACGCGAGGAGGAGAGAUGUCACGCAGGACUUUCCUCGUUCGCACGUCGUUCGCACGCCUCUGAUCGUGCGUGCGUUAUACGAUAGAUACGUUGUUAAGUAUUUUGUUUUGCUGUUCAGUUACAGAGGCUGGAAAUUUGAGGAUAUUGUAACACGGUUUUUUGGUGGACGAGAGUUGUGCUCGAGAAAAGGGAAGAUAUCGGUUGAAUAGUUUUGUUUAAGACGUUCGCGGAGUUUGUUAUCGAGUUUGUUGUAACACUUUAUUCGCGGAUGAACUGAGGGGGGAGGGGGGAAGGAGUCAUCAUCGACGAGGGCCGAGCGGAGGACGUGCCGAAGUGGCGUUGUUGUAAUUGGAACGGGAAAGUGUUAGGUACGAUGUAGUAGACGAUCGUCUUCUCUCGGAGUGUAAACUAUUGUUACGGGGCGAAAAAAAAAAAAAAGGAAGCAUUCGCCUGGAUAAUGGAGCCUGUCGAGAAUCGAUCGGGGAUACAACCGUCUUAUCAAUCGCCAAAUCGGGAAUAUUAUUCCAUCUUUUUUCCUAUCGAUUGAAAUAUCGGGAGCCGUUCGCUGCUGCGUGCGAUCAUCACCGACAUUACGAAUAUAAGCUCUCGAAUAAAUAUCAUCCCGGUCCCCCCGUUCUUCUUUCCUCCGUGGAUUUAUACGCGAAAUCCGGUGGUCUGUAAAUCGUUCUUGAGAUUUAUGAGGAUCAUCAACGAUCGUUUGCUCACCGACCACCCGUAACGGAACUAUAAUAUUUCCGGAUCGAUCGUGCACCGGUGAUCAGAGGCUGGACGCCGUGCGAAUGAUCGCAUUCCUCCUACUAUCGCGGUGUUACGUGUACCACACGCAUGAUUUUACCAAUAAAUAACCAGCUACAUUUAUCGAAGUCCGUUGCACGCGGUUUACGCUGAUCACUCGCCGUGCCGCAGGACCGUUAUCGUUAUCGAUUAAUCAAACAUAGUCGGUACCCCAACGUAUCAACGAAGAGGAGGUGAAAAGAGAAAGAGAGAGAGAGAGAGUGAGGUAGAGAAAGAGAGAAGAAGAAAGAAAGAAAGAAAGAAAGAAAGAAAGAAAGAAAAAAGACAACGGUAACAUUAUUAAUUAAAACCGAAACACAGCGUGUGUGUAACAAUUUUUCACAUCGACGGUCCUCCUGCAUCGGACAAAAAUAUCGCUAAGAGACGGUGUGAAAGGUGUUGUUCGUCGAUCAAUUUCGAAGUGAUAUGAAAUAACGUGUCCCGUUCGAGGCAACGAAUCGAAAUUGGAAAAAUAUAAGGAGGGGUGGAGAGAGAGAGAGAGAGAGAGAGAGAGAGAGAGAGAGAGAGAGAGAGAGAGAGAGAGAGAGAGAGAGAGGAAAAGGAAAGCAUGUACAAAGGGAUUAGUGCAACGAUCGUGAUCGAUACUUCGAGCAGAGCAGAAAGAAAUAUCAGAAAGAAGUUGGGUACCAAUCCAAAGAUAGAUUUUUAAAAGCUCGUCGUGUAUCGAUUUGAUAACUCUUGGUGGCGGCCCUUCUCGGUGAUUCUCAGUGAAUUUUCAACGAUUUCUAACGCCGGUUUUAACCUCUUCUUCCGGCUGAUUUACGAAGAAGAGUUACGAGGAGCCCCCGAUCACAGUGGUUGUGAGAUAAAUGUUUCAUGGACAAACGUCGCCGUGGUACUACAGCCAAUAUCGAAUCUCGUGAAGACUUACUCGUGGUGGAAUCAAAGGUGGCUCGAGGAUCCUCGACGAUAUGUCCCCGGAAAUCCACGGAGCGCCGUGAAAAAAUAAGUGACUUCGAGGUGCAAGUCGUGGAACGGAGAUAAAAUGGCGGACAAUCAGAGAAGAAGACGAUAUCUGACCAUCAGUAUACUCCACAUCAUUACCAUCAUGUGCCAAGCCCUCUCGGAUCGACCGAUGUUUGCCGAGCCGAUACCGAACGUCACAGUGCCAUUGGGGAGAGACGUCAGUUUACCCUGCGUCGUAGAAAACCUCGGUAAUUAUAAGGUGGCGUGGAUCCACGUGGGUCGUCAGAUGUUGCUGACCAUCCACAAGCACGUGGUCGUGAAGAUACCGAGGUUCUCGGUGUCCCACGACAAUCAGAAGACCUGGCUGCUUCACAUCAACAACGUGCAACAAGACGACCGGGGCUAUUAUAUGUGCCAAUUAAACACGAACCCGAUGAUGAGUCAGGUCGGCUUCCUUCAAGUCGUCGUACCGCCCAACAUUUUGGACUCGUUGUCCACCGAAAGCACGGUGGCGGUUCGUGAAAAUCAGAAUAUCACGCUCACGUGCAAGGCAGACGGAUAUCCAACGCCGAAACUGAUGUGGAAGAGGGAAGACGGGCAGAACAUAAACAUCAAUCGACAUUACAAAGUGGCCCUGUACGAUGGCGAGCAAUUAAACUUGACGAGGAUCACGCGCAAUGAAAUGGGCGCGUAUCUCUGCAUCGCGACCAAUGGAGUCCCGCCAACAGUCAGCAAGAGGAUCACCGUGGACGUCGAAUUUUCGCCGAUGAUCUUCGUGCCGAAUCAGCUGGUCGGCGCACCAGCUGGCACGAACGUAACGAUCGAUUGUCACACGGAGGCUUAUCCACGCGCGAUGAGCUACUGGUUCCUCGGCGACGAGAUGAUACUGUCCAACGAGAAGUACACGACGAGCAUCAUGGAGAACAGUUACAGGGCGUACAUGAGGCUGACCAUAAGGAAUCUACAGGCUGGUGAUUUCGGCAAUUAUCGUUGCAUCAGCAAGAACUCGCUGGGCGAGACAGAGGGCUCGAUCAGGUUAUAUGAAAUUCCAAAACCAUCGGCUGCGCCGAAAGCCACGGAGAUCAAGAGCAGCGCCAACAAAGAAGGACGACCGAGCACGCCGUCACCAGCAAAAAGGCCGACCACCGUGUGGCCAUCCUCGUACAACCCGUACUAUACGAAAAGGACAGAGAGGCCGCCUCCCCCGAGCGAGGAGAGGGUCGAGAGGCCAGAGCAGAAGCUACGUGGUGGGCAGAGCACAGGAAGCGCGUACAUCAUAAGAUGGAGCGCCCCUCAGUUGAUGGUGGUUGCGGUGCAGUAUAUCCUCACGGGGCCCUACAUGCCCCCGUACGUGCCCCAGACGGCGAAUUAGAGGAUGGACCCGAGGGGAAACGAUGUUCGUCCAGCACCAUGGUUUUUCCUCUCGCGCCCUGUCGCGUGACCUUUGUAUCCAUGCGAUAUCCUCACAUUCUCACCGGGUGAGGGAGGCAGGGGGAGCCGUGUACGACGAUACCUUCGAUAUCUUCCAUUGGAUGUGUCCGAGAAACUUCUUUUUUUUUUUUUUUGCGUCGAUCCAUUUCGCAAAGAAAGAGGGUAUUUUCUUUAAAACGUGAUCGAAAUAUAUAUAUGCAUCGUUUUAUCAUUUCUUUUCGAACUGGCCUUGAGGAAAUAUGCUCCUCUUCGUUGUAUCGAAGAAGCGACUACCCGGAUGUAUGAUGUAUCCCAGAUAUUAGAUUGACGGUUGAUGGGAUACAUUAGCGAAAACAGACGAAAUUAUUUGCCAGGUGGUUGUAUACCUUCAAUUGGAUUGUUAAUUGCGAUCGAAUAUUAAUUAGAAUAAUUGAAUUACGUUAUAGGUUGGCUGCCGGAUUACGGGCUUAAUUAGCAUCGGAUAGUUAUUGUGAGAGGCGAAUUAUCUUGGUAAAUUAUUUGUCAGAAGUAAUGACGUAUGAGCGGUGAACGCAGUGGUUGUUACACAGGAGCAAUAUGACGUUGCAUCUGUGUGAUAUUAUAAAUAAUUAAUCGAUACAAUCAGGGAGGAGAGGGAAGUUUGCGCAUCCGUUAAUAUUUAUCUUAACAUUUAUCUUAAUUGUUAAUUCAGACAUUUUAUUACGAUGAUAUUUUGCAAUGACGAUAUCAGAUGGCAUGCUGCUACUUUCAAUUAAUUCGAUACAGAUAUCGUUUACUUUAAUAUACAUCGGUUGCUGAUUAAUUUCAUCAACCAACUAUUUGCUUCUUCUAUUCCAUAAGAGACGAGGAAAUCAGGAGGAAAUCGUCGAUCAAGAUCUUUGAAAACGUCGAAUUAAUUAAGCGUUUGUUGAAGAGAGAUAUAGGUGUAAAAAGGAAGAAGAAGAAGCGGAGACUUUGAAAGCAUCCCUUUUUAUACAUAUUCCGCAUGACGCGAUAAAUUUCGAAAACCGCUCGAAAUGAUAAAUCCACCCUCCGAGAGUAACUCAAACUCGGCCGAUUUCUGGAUUCUCCUCGAUCUUUCGUCUUCCCCUUCGCACUUACAGCGUAAUACGCAAUCGAUUAGUCGAAUAGAACAGGAAAAAUGCAACACGUUGUCCCGGAUAAAUCUGGAGGAUUGCACGAUCGAGGGAUGAAAAGACAAGAUUCGAAGAUUCGAGAGGGCUCCAAAGAGAUACGCGGGUGUAAUAGUCGCGUGGGUUUGAAGAAAGGGAAAGAGAGAGGAAGAGAGAGAGAGAGAGAGAAAAGGGAGGGAAUUUGAUUAAUGCUCGGGCACGGUUGAAAAAUGGCGCAACGUCCUCGCGGAAUCGAGGAGAAGAGAAGGUUGAAGGCAGAAACGGCAACGCGAUGGUUUUCGCGAUAUUUUUAAAAACGGUCGCCAGAAUCCAAUUAUCGAAACGGUUGGUUGGAUCGUUGCUGGCCGGCGAAAAAUUUCGUUCCUAGUUUCUCGAAAAAAAAAAAAAAUUUCACGUAUCUCGGCAAAAAACUCGCCGGCCCGCUGAUUUUCCGCCCGACACGUUUCAACUUUUACAAAUUUCCCCCCUUCCUCUUCUCCAUUUUCGUUUCAAUCUUUCCUUUCGUUCGCGAUAUUGUCAUCAUAAUAUCGGGUUAAUGCGAGGUAUCGUGGAAAAUUCUUGUUUUCUUUUCCAGCCGCGUUGAAAAUCCCUUUCUUCAACCGUCCGAUUUUCAAUGUCUUCUUUCUUCGAUUCGUGCGAAUGAUCGUCGCGCGAACGAUUUAUUCGAAUUUAUACGAAUUAAAAAAAUAUAUGUAUAUAAUAUAUAGGUAGGGAGUUGGAAAUUGAAACGAAACGAGGGAAUUUUCUAAUUUUAACGCGACAAAAGUGGGGAAGGUAGCGGUGUAAAAACAUUACGUGAAAGGGGGCACGCACGGGUCGCCCACCGAGGCCGGCUCCCUCUCAAAGACCGAAAUUACUAUGAUUUUCAGGCGAACGUAUUAAUCAUCCCGCUCGCCUGUAAUUAAGAAACUUUCCAUUACCGAUCGUAUAAUCGGUACGUGACGUGUAAUUGGGUUUCGCGGAUAUCGUCUGUGAGAGGGUGGUAAAUUAAAAUAGCUCUUGCCGUUCGAAUUAAUUAUCGAAAGAAGACACAAAGACAUCAAACGAUACGGAGAAUCCAAUUCCGGGCACGGCUGAUGAACGAAUCCGCCGCCGCCACGCGUCGAGCGUAACGGUUAAUCGAAAAGCAUUCGAUUCACGAAGAAACGGGGCCGGGAGAAAUUCAAAUUCGCGCCAACGUUUCAUAAUCCAGCCGGAACGAAGCGCAAAUAUUAAUAACUGGCCGUGUUUUAUCUGUAAUUCAAUUUCCCGGCCCACGGUAAUUAAAUACCACCCCCUGUAGCAUUCGUUCAUGAAAAUUUACGACACUUUUAUCACGGUUUUUCUCAAGUCCCUUCUUUUAUUUUAUCCCUCGAGUUUAAUCGAGACGAACGCGUUCCGAUCGUCCUCGCUCGUUAAGAAAUGUUCAAAAUCGAUUUCUAUAAUUUUUAUACAUUAUCGGCUCGCGAAAUUGCAAAUCGCUGUAAGAUUAACUGGAAAUGAACUAACGACGGUCCACCUUGGUCAACGCGUAAUAAAAUUGUGGCAGUAAUCGUUGGAAACCAUUUGCGUGUCUGGAUAAUUCCGUCGGUCGGUCACGCGAGCCGGGCAGGGAAGCCGGUAUGAAAAGUUUCGAUCGCGCGAAAAGGGCUUCGAUAUCAUUCCGAGCGGAAAGUGUUUCGUAGCUGGAAAGUUGCCCCGAUUCGAAAUUGAAAAGUUCUUCUUCGAUAUCUGGCGAUAUCUUCCCUCGAAUAAAGAUUUCUUCGAAAACAUGGGCAUUUUGAAAAAACGAGAGAAAAAAGGAAAUACUAGGAACGUGAUUUAACGUAGGAGAACGAAAGAGAAAGAAGGAGAGAGAGAUUCGUCUGUUCGACGAGAUUCCUCGGGAUCUCCAAUCCCAGGAUUACGGUUCGUGCAUCGAGAAACCACUCUGUCUCUAUUUUGGGAUUAGCAUUUAAAUGAAAUCGCGAAUUAGCGCGGCGUUUUAGAUUUAUCUUGGGACAGGGGGGAGGAGGAGCGUCGCCAACGAGGCGCCACGCGGUCGAACGAUAAACUUCAUUCGAAUUCGGACCACGAAACCAGCCGAAACCGGUUACAUUAUAAUUCCUCCUACAAACCUCCUCCCGUAAUUGCCGCUACCUCCAACGAUUUAAUCAAGAUAUCUCUCUUCUUCGAAAUAAUCGCCAAAUAUCGGCCGCGACGUCGAACAUCGAAAAAACUUUGCAACAACUUCGUUCGAGAUCCAUCGAAUUCGAACAGGCAUUUAUCCGUCGCCGGAGAUCGUGCGUGUGCGUGUGCGGGACGAGACGAGACAAUUCGGAUUCGAGCCACGAAACAACGCGCACGGGCGAAAUAUCUCACGCCAAUAUAAUUGUACGCGUUUCAGAGGUAUCAUUUCGUAAUCUAUGUAGCGCUGGUCGGAUGGGGGAUUAUGUUAAGCGAUGCGUGAGCGGGUACAGUGGACGGGAAGCCAGGCGUAACAGAGAUACUGCUCGGUGACGUCGUUACACGCCACGGGUGUAUUCCCCGGCCCGUGCACGCGCCGAUAGAAUACACGCCUCCCUAUUUAGAUGCGUGUACGGAUAGGAGCCGUGUGUCGUCGCACGAGCGACGUGGAUUUUAUUCCUCCCUCUCUCUCUCUCUCUCCGUUACGAGGAAUUAAUUUCUAAUUUCGACCUGCUCGAGGAUAUCGAAAAGGAAUCGAUUUCUUCUUUCUGAAUUGAAAAGAGUUGGCGAAGAAAUUGGGGGAAACAUUUUUCUUUUAACACGGUUCGCUGGUGUUUAAACUGGAAAUGAAAAUGAAAGAAAAUAGCGGUUAAAUGGUUAAUGCAUAUCUUUAUAAUAUGUAAUCGGCUCUGUUGAAUUCGGUUGAAAAUUGAAUAGGCGUCGUGAAUAUAAUAAAUCGUGUAUGGGAUAGGGUUGUUGUUAGCUUAAUUAAAUUUCUUUUUUUAUAAUUCGAAGUGUUCUUCUUAUUCCGAUAAAUAUAUAUGAAAUACGGUAAAAGAAAAAGGAGAAAAAAAAGGUAAUCGUUCGAGAGCAGAACGUUAGAAAAGACGAUAUUACCCUACUUUUCCCUUAAACCCUGGAAAGAUUGGAAAAUUUACAUGGCAAAGAAGGAACAUUGUUAUUGGGAGAUUGUUUAAAACGGCGUCGGGUGUGUGUUAAGGUUGAUUUAAGUUGACUCUAAGUUUGCUCUUGCGAGGAGGCAAGCCUCCUCGGCCAGACGAAGAAUCGAGGUUAUGCAAAUUACUCCUUAAGUAGAUGAUAACCCAAAGUUAACCUAGAUCCAAGCCACGGUUAAGCCAUUCUGUAUCCCCGUAUCUUCUUAUCCCCCGCUAUUAUUUCACCCUACCCCCCCGAUUACUUGUCGAUUAUCGUCGAGCCGUCGUUAAAUUUUUCAUUGUUUAGCGCAGGAUGUCGCGGAUAACAUUCCUUGAACGUGAUAACGUUCGUUUGGAAAUACGUACGAGUACAUAUUUUCACCAGAUAUUUCAAAAUGAACCGAAAUUGUUUUUUUGACGCGAUGGCGGGAGGAGUAUUAUCCCCGGUGAAUGUAACGCGUUCGAUGGCGGGGGACAUCAAGCGCGUUUACCGUGACACGAGUUUCGAUUAAUAAGCAGAAAAUUACGACAGUGCGGGCAACAAUGGGGCCGUGCAGACUAAUGGUCUCGAUCCCGCUUUUCACUAUGGUGAAUUACAGAAAAGAGAACGAACGGUUCGACGAACGGUUGUAUUUAAUGUAUUCCCUGUUUAUAUCGUUCGAGCUAGAUUAAAAUUUAAUGUUUUCGCGAUUUCAUUCGACGCGAAAGCAUUACAUUACGAAACGAUCGUUGAAACUUUUUACAAUUCGAUGGAUUUCAAAUUACCUUUUAGCUCGAGACAUUUUUUUAUAUUUUAUUUUUUCUUUUUUUAUAUUGUAUUUUUAUAUCUUUUUCAGAGAGUUUAUUAUUAUUAUUUUUUUUCCAAAUAAUUGUUAGAUCGAAUAAAUCUCGAAUACUACUUCUAUUUAUUUCGGGCUGUUUAUAUCGUUACCGUCAAAGUCGAGAAAUUUAUUCGGCUCUCGAAUAUUUAACACGUCAAGUAGUAUAAAUCGAGCAUGUAUCAGACGCUUGACGAAAUUUAUCACUACGACCGACAAUUAUAUUUCAUCUUAUAAAUUCGAGCAGACAACAUUCCCAGUGUAAUAUUUUAUAUCGCCGCUCUCGUGAAAAAACAAAAAUAUAUUUCUCGUAUUAAUGCAAUAACCGAGGCAGAAUCGAGAGCAAAUUUUAUUCCGUUUUAAAUCUCAAACAUUCUCGCUAAUUCUCGUGAAAUUUGUAAAAUAUAUCCACCAUCUUCUUUCCCGUUACAAAUUAAUAACAACGUUUCGUUCGCCCCUUACCUAUACAGCUUUCCGACCGAACCAGUAUUCAAAUUGGCAUGUUUGUAUUAAAAAAAUAGCAACGAUUCGAUAAAUGGAAUCACGCACAAUGAAAAAAAAAAAAUCGUCGAAUUCGAGAGACAAAAGUGAAAAUUCGAGGGAGGAUCGACAACAAUCAAAAGUUUUACGUAAAGAAUUUCUAUCAUACCUUCUCCGUACGAAGUCCAAAGUUUAAGUAAAGUAUUUAUUAUUUUUAUACGGGAGAAAUUUCUUUCCACCGCGUUAUUCCCAAAGAAGAAGAGGAAAGUUUCACUCCGUAAACCUAACAAAAAUGGCCGAGGCUCCGGUUAAAAGCAAAAGCGCAAAAAUUGCAAAGAUUUACGCGUUUCGUUCGCGAAACGAGAGAGGAGAAUUCCGUGAGAGAUUGUUGGACGAUCGAGAAUCGGAGCUGAGGAACAAGAGGAUCGAUUUAAAUUGCUCGGCCACCGUGAACGUAUUUGCAUGAUAGUGAUUUUCGUGGUUGUGCCACGAAUCAGCAUAAUAAUACUUCUGAGAAAUGUAACAGACUGGAAUCGGACAAGAGUUUGUGUACGUAUAUAUGUAUAAUAUCGUACGAAAUUAGAGGUUAGAGAUGGAAUGAUGGCGCGGGACGGUUAGAAACGGAUCCUGUUAUACAUAAUCUGUGUUACGGUCCACGAGCUUUUCUCGUCCGGUUUAACACGCCCCAUUCGUGGCAGAAUUCACCGCGGCGAAAGUAUUGUCUCGUUCGCGAAAACUCGCCCAAUCUGUUGCUCUCGUUUCUUUCCAUCGAAUCUUUUUCUUUCUUUCUUUCUUUUUCAUACGCGUGAAAACGAACGAUCGAUCGAUCGAUCGAAAUUCAUCCACGUAUCGCGAAGAAAUUUAAUCAGAGACCGUAUGAUACGCGUUUGAAAGAAUAAAGAUUGGACGAGUUCGGUCGAAUUCGUCGAAUUUGCAUUAUAUUAUUUUUAACCAGGAACCGGACGAUCGGGGAAAUUUUUUAACGGGGACGGGAUUAACAUGGGAAAACCUUGCUCGGGAAAUAUCUUUAAAAUCCACUCGGAGUUUUAAUCACCAGACAGCCGGCGAAACCAAUAAAACUAACCGCCGUUAUAUACAUAUACGUAUAUAUUGAAACAAAAAAAGAAAAAAAAAAAAACGAGGCCAUUGUUCGUAUUUCGUUAUUUUCAUAUUUACCGGAAAAACAGGACAUAUCGGAGAUUAAAGGGGAGAGAAGAGCAGAGAGGAGAAAUAUCUUGAUUACAAUUACCUCCAAUCGCGUAAAAAAUAAAGUGGAAAAGAAAAAAAAGAAAAAAUAACCGAAUGAAAUUUGUGUUUAACGAUUGUCAAACAAAUCAGAAUCUCGCGAAAAAUCGUGGCAAGGUCGUUGCCGGGAAGUGGAAGAACGGAGAUACGAGAAUAUUUAAAUGAGACACGCGUUUCGAAACUCACCCUCGCCGAUCCUUAUCGCUCCAUUUUUUCUUCUUUUUUGCACACGGGGUGCAACUGUAUCAGGCGUCAUAAAAGUUUGCUCGUUGCGCCGGGAAUCACCGGGGUCCCGUCAGAAUCGUGGACGGAGGGAGAGAGGGAGAGAGAAAGUAAGUGUCUAAGUGGAAAAGAGGGAGAAGGAGGGGAAAGGAGUAGGGGGAAAGAGAGAGAGCGCGAUAUGGGUGGAGAGAUCCUGUUAUACACAGUCUGUAUCAUCACUUUGCGAUGUACUUGCGAGCUUUUCCCGCCUCGUUUAACACGGCCCAUUCAUAAUAGGGUGACGGGCGUAAAAGUAUUGCCGGUUAUCGCGGUGGCCGCACCACGUACCUCGCCAAACAUUGUCCGACCUCCGAUUUACCACCUCUACCCGGCCACCCUGUAGAGGGACACCUAUUGUCCUGAGUUACGAUGCACCGAGGUCGGCCACCCACGGGCCGACACUUUUACAGGCCCCCGACCCUUGCCGCCUCAUAAUUGCCAGAUUGCUGAACGACAAAACUAGCUAUCCCUCCCCUCUGCCGCCUUCUACACGAGUGAACGAGAAAUAACGCGAUAAAUCUCGUUACGUAGAAUACACAAUGCAGAGUCUCGUUUAUAUUUAAUAUCGCGUCCGAUUUUUUCUUCUUUUAAAUUAUCCAAGCAAAGAAGUUAGCUUAAUAGCUAAUUAAUUGCGAGCAGAUCGAAGUUCGAUCUUUUCGACCGUUUACCCGAUCAAGGUUUAAAGCGAUUUUUCUCAGUGGACGAAAAAUAUUUAGAAAGAGAGAGAGAGACGAGUGAUAGUUGGAAAUUAUUAAUCAAAAUUUAAAAGCUUUCUAAUUUUGUAUCCGUGGCAAGGAAAGGUAUCUGUUUAUUUACAUCGAAUACGAAUAAAACUCGUGUUAACGUGUCAAUUUCAACCCAUUUUCCCACGCGAUAUUUCUAUCGUAACUAUCUUCCAUCCCUUUGUUUACCGGCGAAAUCCAGUUUAUCGUAUCGUUUACCCUCCAGAGAUCCAGUCGUUUAUCAAAGUCCGUUGUAUCAGGAUGAUAGAAAUCCUUUGAGAUGCAUGCGUAUCCACGUUUAAGUUGCUCCGGAGGGGCGGUCUCCUAAUCGGAAAGUUUGAUUUAAACAAGAGAGGUGGUGGCCGGUUUGUCUUCCUGUCGAUUUAAGGAGGGGAGCACGCAGCGCCGUGGAAAGAUCGGGGAGACUUACGGGCGAAACUUCAUUCAGACACGGGCCAACUUUUCCACCAACUUGGCGAAUUUAUUUCACGGCCGUAUCAGACACGCUGAUCCCUGAGAGCUUUCGAGGAGCUUUCAGAUUCGCAUCGACCGACUUUCACAUCGUUCAAUGUUUCGAGUUUCACCGGUGUUUCUCGGUUCGCCCGGGGUUCCAAGUUACUGUUCGACGAACAGGCCGAGACACGAGAACCGAUCGUUCGGUCGUUAAGGCGUCCAAAUCUCUUAACGUCGUUCCCCUUCCGCGGUUAAAGUUACGAGGAAUUCCGGGGACCUCGUUUUAUCAAUUCCGGGAUAAAACACAGCGGUUAAGCGUCGCCUCGGAAAUUCCAAAGAUUGGAACGCUUCGCUUCGAGAAAUUGUUUUCUUUCGUAAUUUCAACACCUCGAGAUGUAUCGAAAUAUUUAACUCUUAACAGCUACAAAUUAGCUAGAAAUUCCUGUAUAUUAGCUCUUUUAGAGAAUCGUAAGAGCGGUAAUAACGGAAAACUCUUUCCUUGGAUCGAGAAAAAGGGAAGAGGAUACGAGACAUUAAUGAGAGGGUAAGAAAGUAAGUUGCAUGCCAUCAAUGAACAACAAUGACUUCAAAUUUCGCCUGCUUUUCAGUAUAUUCGCUUUCGAAAUUCUUUCUAACUCUUCUGUUCGACACACGGCUCUCCCCGCCACGAAAGGUCGGAACACCGAUCGUAUACGCAAUUUCACCGAUCCACCCACCGAUAGUCAAAUUGUGAAACAAGUUGAAAGUAUUAUUGCUUAUACUUUAAUGUAUCAUUAUAUUGUAUCGAAUGUUUUACGUAAGGACCGCGACCUCGAGGUAAGUAAGUACUUUCGGUGCUCAACGGGGGACGAAUGAAGGUUUACAAGAAAUUAUAAUUAUAUCAGACCGGAAGUCCCCGAAACCCGGUAUCCCGUUGGAAGGGCGAAACGAACGAAUGCGCGAAAAAAAAAUAUUCAACAAUAUACUCGCUCCCCCUUUUUUCUCGUCGUUUCUCUCGUCCAUGGGUACUCGUAAGCUGUAAGGGAAUUGUAAAUAGCUCAGUGUAUAAAUUUCAGUUCGGGAUUCAUUGUAUAAACAUUAUAAAUACGUCUGAAAGAGCGUGAGUUCGUUCGUAUCGAUAUCCCCCCGUUUAAAAAGCGGUUCUCGAUGCGAGUUUGACGCGCGAAUCUCUGUAAAUAAAUAAAUAAAUAAAUAAAUAAAUAAAUAAAUAAAUCGAUCACAUAAGAAGUGCCAAAAUACGUGACUCACAUAUAUACAUACACGCAUACGUGGAUACACGCGUAACAAAACAUAUAAAUACGUGUACACGGUGCACACGAAUCGAGAAUCAACGCUCGUUUCCUGCAAUAACAAGCGAACCGGGUUGAUACCUCAGCUCGAUACCGAAAGUUCGGCAAGAGAGAGGAUGGAACGUGAUACAAUAACGGAUAUCCGGCUAUGUGUUGGCCGGCUAUUUGAAUAAUGAAUGGCCUGCUGAUUCCCAUCACCCUAGUAGUCGAGCAUAGAAGGAUUAUUCGCGAAUAAACGUCUCUCGCCAAACUUACCCUGCGUUGCCUUCUUUCUAUGCAUCAUAAAAGAUGCGCUUUAACGUCCUUCUUUUUCUUCUUUUUCGUCCAAUUGCUUUUGUCUUUACCCACCUAGAUUUGUCUAUUAAUUUAAUUUAAUAAUCAAAAAAGACGGGAGGAAACGUAAACGCGUUGACUUUUCUUACUUUGUGUUACUUUAGAUGUUGGAGAGACUCGUAAAAUUAGACUCGUAAAGAAAUCCUGCAAUCUAGAUUACUGCCAUUUAUAUACCAGACUUUACUGCCAUUGCAUGACAGAUUACUGUCGCGCAAUCAUCGAAGAGCAAGAUAGAGAGAAAAAUCGGUGUGCUUUUUUUCUAUUUUUUUUUUUUUUAUUUAACAUACUGUAGCGAACGAUUGUUGUUAAGAUGACGAGAUUUUUCGUGUACACGUGUGUGAGAGAAAGAGAGAGAGAGAGAGAGAAGCGGGAAAGCUCUAGUCCUAAGAAGGUUUAAACGAUAAUUUAAUUAUGUCGUCGUAAGUCUCGUAUCUUAUAGGCAAUUCCGCCAAUUGCUCGCCACAAAACCAAUCCUCGAUCGUUCGAUUAUUGUUGUUAAUUAUUAUUAUUAUAUUGUUGAAUCGACGAGAUCGAUUAGAUCUUUAGAGAGACGACGACGACGACGACGACUACGGCAAGGAGCUGAGUUUUGUGGCUGGCAACUGUUUCACUGUGUUCCUGUAAAUAAUUAUACAUAAACGAAAGGUGUAACCUGCUUAGAAUUAACUAACUACGGCGUAAAGUAAUUAUAACGAACAUCGUUUCGAAACGAUGGAAACGAAACGUGGGAUCGACGAAGAAGCCUCAAAACACAAACCACCCCCUUUCUUCCUCACCCCUUCUUCUUUUUCUUCUUCUCCUCCAUCCUUCAUCUUUCCUCUUCGCGGAGAGAGAAAUUCUUACGAUUGCUUUUUCCAAAAAUUUCGAAAUUACGAGCCUUCUUUCUUAUCCUAUCCGACGCAUCGCGAGAAAGUAUUUUAUUAAUCGAUUUCGAAGCCUCGGAAAAAGAUUGCCAGAUGUUUCGAUAUUUUUGCGGACAAAUCCAUUUUGAGUAAGAAUUUCAUCGAGAAAAAGUUCGUACGAAUGAACGAACGAACGAUCCUGAAAUUAUUAUAAAUUUUCGAUCAUAUUUGGUUCGAGAAAUUCUUAAAAAAAAAAAAGUUCUUUUUUUCUUUUGCGUUGUAAAGAAGAGAUUUGGACGAAUUAGAUGAGUAUCUAUCCGUACGAGAUAAGAUCCGUUGCACGAUUGAGAGAGAAAGAGAGAGAACGAGAGAGAGAGAGAGAGAGAGAGCGAGAGAGAGAGAGAGAGAAUUCACAAAAAAAAUGGCGACCGCAAAUCUGUCAAAGGAUAGAGAUCAUCGGAGAGGAAGAUAUACAUACACCUGAACGGGUCAAGAUGAAAAGAAAAAGAGCAAAAUAAAAGGCACCGGAAAUCGCUUUUAAUGUGCAUUAUAAACUCGCUGCGUAGUGUUACUCUAAAUGUUGCUACAUUUAAUAUGUAAGUAAUAGAUUGUGUUUUAAAUUGUGUAAAGAAAGAGAAAUCGGCGGAUCGUUUAUUUCAUCACUUCACACAAGUGGGACAAGUUGCGUCAAUUAAAAGUGUAUAAAAGGAAAAAAAAAAGAAAAAAAGAAAAAAAGAAAGAAAGAAAGAAAAAAAGAAAGAGGAAAAAAGCCCAAAGCGAGAAAUUGUUGACCGAUGGCUGGGUCCUUCCUUUCGGUUUUCCAUAUGGGAAUAUGUUUUCUGUCCGCGUUAUUGUACAUUUUUCAUAAUUCCCUUAUUGUGAUAAAUUUAUCUAGAACUGUACGAAUAAAAGAAACAGAAACAGAGAUAA